AUGGGUUUCAAAUGGGUGACUUGGAAUGUACGAGGCAUGGGAAGAGCAACAAAGAGGAGGGUGAUUCAGAAACACUUGUCUGUUUUCAAGCCGAGUUUAGUCCUGAUUCAGGAAACAAAGUUAGGCGCAGACAGGAAAAAAAUGGUAGAGUCGUGGGCAAAAUCAAUGGGUAUGAAGCACUUCGCGGUUCAAGCAUUUGGGACAGCGGGAGGUCUAAUUUCUCUAUGGCGUGAAAGCAAUGUAGAGGUGGUGCAAAUACGUUCUGAUCAGCGUUUUAUUGCUAUGAUGGUAAAAUUGAAAAACUUAGAAGGGUUGGUUUUGGUGGUUAAUGUCUAUGGCCCUCACACUGACGCGGAACGGUUCGUGUUAUUUGUUCAAUUAUCUGAUAUGGUGACAGAGCAUAGUGGCAGAGUGAUUAUGGGGGGUGAUUUUAAUGCAAUUUUACACGAGAAUGAUCGCAAGGGGGGUGGAGCUUUAUAUUUGGGGGACAUUGCUUUCCGACAAUUUGUGACGGACUCAUGUUUGGUGGAUCUUCCCCUGCAAGGGGGAUUAUUUACCUGGUCCUCUUCAAGGAAUAAUGGGAUGGGAAGCAGAUUAGAUCGCUGGUUGUUGUCAGAGGAUCUGUUCCUAUGUUUUAAUAGUUUCAAACAGACAGCUUUGGAGUGGGGAAUUUCGGAUCAUAGACCUGUUUCUCUUUCUUUUGGUCUGGACGAUUAUGGCCCCAAACCUUUCACUUUCUUUAAUCAUUGGCUUCAAGAAGACGGCUUCAAUGAGAUGGUAACGAAUUGGUGGAAUUCGAUUGUGGUGGAAGGCUAG